AUGGCCGAUAAAAACGAAGAAAAGCUCCCCCCAGAACCUUCAUUUCUCAGAAAGGGCGAUAGCAACCAGAACCCGUCGUCGCCUUUUCACGAUCGGUUUCAAUUUGAAGAUCAUAUGGGAGACGCAACAUUGGACACUAGCUUAUUUGACCAAAGUGGAGCUUUACCUUCGUCGGCUCCGUCAACAGCGUCUAGAGGAGGAUCGAUUUUGAAGCGACAAGGCGAGCAGACAAAGAGGAAGACUAGCAAUAAGAUUGCUUUUGCGGCUAAUGACAAACCAGAAGAAUUCCAGGAGCUUUCCCUGGAAUCAGACGGCGAAGAUUCCAACUCCUUUACUGCUACUCCCCGCGUCGCACAAUUGGCAGGCUUCCACGGGCCCGACGAGGUAGAUCAGGUUAGCCAUGAUGAAGAUAAUGGAGAUCGCCGCGAUGAUUCCGCGAAUAUCGACUCUCAUGGCGUCAAGCGAAUGCGGUGGGGUACUAAGCGCAAUAAAAAGGGUACACCCAGCGUGGGCCGUGCCAAAACUUUACGAUGGGCUAAGAAAAACUUCCACAAUCCUUUUGAGGAUGACAAAAAACCAGACAACGAGGGUGAUAACUCCAGUAAUAGUGACGAUCUCGAAGAUGGGAAUCGAGCAUCUGAAUUACGGUUCAUUUAUUACAAUACGCCGCUUCCAGAGCAGUAUCUAGAUGAAGAGGGGAAACCUAUCAUAGAGUACCCUCGUAAUAAGAUAAGAACCACGAAAUACACGGCCUUGACUUUUUUCCCAAAGAAUUUGUAUCUACAAUUUCAAAAUGUGGCAAACGUAUAUUUCCUGAUCAUGAUCAUUUUGGGUUUUGUAGACCUUUUCGGUGUCACCAACCCUGGUUUGCAAACUGUACCACUGAUUGUCAUCGUAGUACUAACUGCCAUCAAGGACGCCAUCGAAGAUUCUCAACGUACAAUCUUGGACAUGGAGGUCAACAACACCAUUACCCACGUGUUAUCUGGUAUUUCAAACCCCAAUGUGUCGGAAGACAAUGUCUCUUUGUGGAGAAGGUUUAAAAAGGCCAAUUCUCGAGUUCUUUUUGCCUUCAUCAGAUUCUGCAAAUCACAAAUUAGUAAAGAAGGACGUCGUGCUGAGGCUCAACGCAGGCGUGAAGAACAUCAUAAAAUGAGCGCAGGCACUCCCCGUAAUUCACUUGAUACCGUCGGUAGUUAUAGAGCCUCCGGUACAUAUGGACGCGAUUCUUUGGACUAUGAUACUGUCGGACAGCUAGUGACUUCCGAUGAAGCCAAUGUGAUUGAUGAAACAAUCACUCCCAGAAAAGACUGCAAAUUUGUGAAGGACUACUGGAAAAGUGUUAAAGUGGGGGAUAUUAUCCGUAUCCAUAAUGAUGACGAAAUUCCAGCGGAUGUCCUGCUAUUAUCUUCUUCCGACGCCGAUGGGGCAUGCUAUGUUGAGACAAAAAAUUUGGACGGAGAAACUAAUUUGAAAGUCCGCCAGUCUUUAAGGUGCACACAUCACAUCCGGAACUCCAGAGACAUUACGAGAACAAAGUUUUGGCUUGAGAGCGAAGGGCCUCACAGUAAUUUAUAUUCGUACCAAGGUAAUUUAAAGUGGUUUGAUAGCAGAGACGAUCAACUGAAAAAUGAGCCCGUGAACAUCAACAACAUGCUAUUAAGAGGCUGCUCGCUGAGAAAUACUAAGUGGGCUAUGUGUUUGGUGGUUUUUACGGGAGAAGACUCCAAGAUUAUUCUAAAUUCGGGUGUCACUCCCACUAAAAAGUCAAGGAUUUCAAGAGAACUUAAUUUUUCAGUUCUUAUGAACUUCGUGUUACUUUUCAUUUUAUGCUUUGCUGCUGGUUUGGUCAACGGUAUAUAUUACCGACAGGACAAUGUUUCUAGAGAUUUUUUUGAAUUUGGAACAGUUGCAAGUACCCCAGCAGGCAACGGUGUGGUAUCUUUUUGGGUCGCUGUAAUUUUAUACCAGUCUUUGGUUCCUAUCUCACUCUAUAUCACCGUUGAAAUUAUCAAAACUGCCCAAGCCGCUUUUAUUUACGGUGACGUCGCACUCUACUACAAAAAGCUGGACUAUCCAUGCACUCCCAAGUCUUGGAAUAUUUCAGAUGAUCUGGGCCAGAUUGAGUAUAUCUUUUCGGACAAGACAGGGACUCUGACUCAAAACGUGAUGGAAUUCAAAAAAUGCACCAUCAACGGCAUCUCCUACGGACGAGCUUACACAGAAGCACUAGCUGGCCUGCGUAAAAGACAAGGUAUAGAUGUCGAAUCUGAAGGCGCUUCUGAACGUGCUGCCAUUGCGGAAGACAAGGUAACUAUGAUCAAAGAGCUCAACAGACUGAGCCCCAAUAACGAGGUUGACGAACGAAGUCUAACAUUCAUUUCCAAAGAAAUAGUACAGGAUCUUAAUGGAGCAAGCGGUGAUUAUCAAAAAAGCUGUAAUGAGCAUUUCAUGCUUGCAUUGGCGCUGUGCCACUCGGUGUUAGUUGAGAAGUCGAAAAACGAUCCUAGUAAGCUGGAAUUAAUGGCACAAUCGCCAGAUGAGGCUGCUUUAGUAGGAACUGCAAGGGAGAUGGGUUUUGCCUUUGCAGGAAAAACUAAGACCGGGUUGAUAGUGGAGGUCCAGGGAGUUAAAAAAGAAUUCCAAAUACUUAAUAUACUUGAGUUCAAUUCCACUCGAAAGAGGAUGAGCUGCAUAGUAAAACUUCCUGGGUCCACUCCGGAAGCUCCACCCAGAGCGCUAUUGAUUUGCAAAGGCGCAGAUUCCGUUAUCUACUCGAGGCUCAAAAGAAGCGCAGGAGCCAAAGCGGAGACAUUGCUGGAAAAGACAGCUUUACACUUAGAACAGUAUGCGACAGAAGGUUUGAGAACUCUGUGUCUUGGUCAAAGGGAGCUUUCGUGGGAAGAAUACGAAACUUGGAACCGUUCUUACGAAAUCGCUGCUGCCUCCUUGACGGAAAGAGAGGAGGAAAUGGAAAGAGCUGCUGAUAGCAUCGAACGUGAACUUACCUUACUUGGUGGUACGGCUAUCGAAGAUCGUUUACAGGACGGUGUACCGGAUUCUAUUGCCAUUCUAGGGCAGGCGGGUAUUAAACUUUGGGUUUUGACAGGUGAUAAGGUCGAAACCGCUAUCAAUAUUGGCUUUUCUUGUAACUUACUUGACAGCGAUAUGGAACUAUUGGUUAUAAAGGCCUCCGGUGAAGAUGUAGAGGAGGAAGGAAAACCCCCUUUUGAUAUUGUGGCCUCUUUGGUAGAGAAACAUUUGAGAGAGAAGUUUCAUAUGACGGGUUCCUUCGAAGAAUUAGAUGAAGCUAAGAAGGAACACAAACCACCAACAGGUAAUUUUGGUGUCAUUAUUGAUGGCGAAGCUUUGAAAUUAGCCCUAGAAAAUGCUGAAAUUGCCAGAAAGUUCUUACUUCUGUGCAAAAACUGCAAAGCAGUGCUGUGUUGUAGAGUUUCGCCCGCUCAAAAAGCUGCUGUGGUAAAACUUGUGAAGAAUUCUCUUGACGUAAUGACGCUAGCUAUCGGUGAUGGGUCAAACGACGUUGCAAUGAUUCAAUCGGCAGAUAUUGGGGUAGGUAUUGCAGGAGAAGAGGGGAGACAAGCUGUCAUGUCUUCAGACUAUGCCGUCGGUCAAUUUAGAUACCUAACGAGAUUACUUCUGGUGCAUGGAAGAUGGUCUUACAAACGACUUGCGGAGACCAUUCCAAGUUUCUUUUACAAAAACGCAAUCUUUACACUGGCGUUGUUUUGGUUUGGUAUCUACAGCAACUAUGAUGGGUCCUAUCUGUUUGAAUACACAUACCUGAUGUUUUACAAUUUGGCAUUUACCUCUCUGCCCGUUAUCUUUUUGGGAAUUUUUGACCAAGAUGUGAACGAUGUUGUAUCGGUGUUGGUACCCCAAUUGUACCGUGUUGGUAUCCUAAGAAUCGAGUGGAAUCAAAAGAAAUUUUGGCUCUACAUGUUUGAUGGUAUCUACCAAUCUCUCAUUUGCUUCUUCUUCCCCUACCUGGUGUACUAUAAAACUGCUUUAGUUUCUAACACGGGCUUGCCAUUGGAUCACAGGUAUUUCGUGGGUGUUAUCGUUGCCAGUAUUGCCGUCAUAUCGAAUAACUUGUACAUUUUCAUCCAUCAUUAUAGAUGGGAUUGGUUCUCAUCUCUUUUCAAUGGUUUGUCUUCCUUAGUGCUAUUCGGAUGGACAGGGAUUUGGUCCAGUUUUCUGACAAGCGGAGAAUUCUACAAGAGUGGAGCCAGGGUUUUCGGCUCCCCCGUGUACUGGGCCGUGUUGUUUGUGGGUAUUCUAUUCUGCCUAUUGCCUCGUUUCACCUUUGACGUUAUGCAAAAAAUAUUCUUCCCAAGAGAUAUCGACAUUGUUCGCGAACACUGGAUGCAAGGGCAUUUUGACCAUUAUCCUGAAGGCUACGACCCAACAGAUCCCGACAGACCAAAAAUUGACAGUUCGAAAAAUAAACUACAUGAAAAUGCUCUCAACGAGAACAUCGAACAUCUUAAUGCCAGAACCAAUGAUAAUGCAAUCUCUCGCGAUACAGUUGUCACCGAAGAUAUUCCUAUGAGCUUUAUCCCCAGUACUGCGACCUCGCCCGGAAGAUUUCGCCGUGGCUCAAGUCAUCGAACGUCGCUCGACAGAACUCGAGAGCAAAUGCGGAGUUCUAACGAAUUGGAUACACGCUAUUCUGUUGAAAGAGCAAGGAUGUCGCAUGAACUACCUGGUGCUACUCGAGCCGAAGCUCUUAUGCGCAACGAGUGA